UAAAAAAACAAAAAAACACCCAAAAAUACAAACCACCAGGUUAUCCAAAGCCCUGAGGUCAAACUCAGGCCAUAGCCCAGCCCUGCCACAUUGCCCUUUGAAGGUCACAGGCUGUGGUUUGGCCCAUCUUAUCAUCAACCGCUCCUGAAGAUAGGGCAGUGCCAGGCCACGGGUCCCUGCCACAGCCACCCCCCUUCCCCUCCAUGGAAGAAAGAAUGCAGGGUCCCUGUGACAGGUCUCAGGGUCUGAUACAAAACGCCAGGUCCCUGCUGGGAGACUCUAGGGUGCUCUGGAGGGGAGUCUGAGGAAUGCUGCGGAUGCUUCUGGAAAGAUGCAGCUGCCACUGAGUUCCCUGGUUGGAAGAGAAUCUGCAGCCAGUACAUCAAGGCCUGCAGGACGGGCAACAUGGACCAGGCGCUGUCUCUGUGGUUCCUUUUGGGCUGGAUUGGAGGGGAUUCCUGCAACCUCAUCGGCUCCUUCCUCGCUGACCAGCUGCCCCUGCAGACCUACACGGCGGUGUACUACGUGCUGGCGGACCUGGUGAUGCUGUCCCUCUACUUUCACUACAAGUUUAAGAAGCGCCCCUCUCUGCUGUCUACCCCCAUCAAUUCAGUGCUGCUGUUCAUCUUGGGGCUGGCGUGUGCCGCCCCGCUGCUGAGGACCACAGGCCCUGUGGCCGCCCGGAGGGAGGUCUUCUGGGGCCGGACGCUCCUGUCAGUGGAGCCGGGCAGUAAGCCCUUCACUCAGCAGGAGAUCAUUGGCUUCGUCAUCGGCUCGGUCUCCAGCGUGCUCUACCUGCUUUCCCGGCUGCCUCAGAUCCGCACCAACUUCCUGAGGAAGUCCACGCAGGGCGUCUCCUACUCGCUGUUCGCCUUGGUGAUGCUGGGGAACACGCUGUACGGGCUGAGCGUGCUGCUCAAAAACCCGGAGGUGGGCGAGGGCGAGGGCAGUUACCUGCUGCACCACCUGCCCUGGCUCGUGGGCAGCCUGGGCGUGCUGCUGCUCGACACUGUUAUUUCCAUACAGUUCCUGAUAUACAGGGACACGGCCACCUCCUCGGAGCGCCAGCCCCUCCUCCCCAGUUGACCCGGACCCAGGCCAAGCCCAGGACAACGGGGAUCUCCAGACGCUGCUCCCAGGAAGGGACAAGUGUGGGCAGACAUGGUGCUGCUGACCCUGGAGUGGGCCGUGGAGGCAGCCGGGGGUGCCUUAAGGGCCAGGCCCAGGCACCUCCCCCACCUCCGGAACCUGCUGGGUGACUCUUCCAGGAACCCUGACCGAUUUGACUCUUCAGGAGGCAGGGAGUGGGGAACAAGGGGGGGCGCCGGGGCCAGUCCCCCCCGAGACACACCCCUAGAAUCUGAGACUGCUGUCCCUGGGAGCCCCCACAGGGGCUGCCGCUGAGACCUCGGCUCCUCCAAGGCAGUGGGCGCCCCUCGACUCCCCUCCCUUCGUCUGCCUGCGCGCACACACACACACACACACACACACACACACACACACCUCUGGAGCGGGUGCGGCAGCCGCCAGUGUCCCCGGGAAUGUCGUGUUGACUACAGACAGCGCAGUAAACGGCCCCUUCCAGCGAGGCAUCUUUCUGGUGCUCCUUCCCCGAGGUGCUGUGGUCUGGGCUGUGCUGAGCAGCCACGGUGCACAGGGAUCUGGGCCCCAGCUUCCAGGUGGGGGUCUAGAGGCUGAGAUGUGGCAGAGCCAAACAGGAGCAGACUGUCCCGCCUCCAGGGGACCUCCGGUCCCGGGACCUUGUUCUCUUUAACAGAAUCCACACCCGCGGCUGAGGAUCCAGCAGCGAGAAUGACGGGGUCCCGGCCCCUCAGUGCUCAGGAAGAAGCAGAAAAAAAAGAAAAAAGGUUCAGAUCUUG